GAACCUGGGGUGGGCUGUUCUGGACAGUUUACCUGGUCGUGGGCUGGUUAGGCAUUGGGGGGGGGUCCCAUGGCUCCAAGGGCCAAGUCUCCGCGGCUGGUGCUCCUGUUUAGCGGCAAGAGGAAGUCUGGGAAGGAUUUCGUGACGGAUGAGUUGCGGAGCAGGCUGGGGACGGAUGUAUGUGCUGUGCUUCGGCUCUCUGGACCCCUCAAGGAGCAGUACGCCCAGGAACAUGGACUGGACUUCCAGCGACUCCUUGAUGCCAGCAGCUACAAAGAGGCCUUUCGGCAGGACAUGAUCCGCUGGGGAGAGGAGAAAAGGAAGGCGGACCCAGGCUUCUUCUGCAGGAAGAUUGUGGAGGGGGUCCGCCAGCCUGUCUGGCUGGUGAGCGAUGCUCGGCGGGUGUCAGAUAUUCAUUGGUUCCAGUCCUCCUUUGGUGAUGUGACCCAGCUGGUCCGGGUGGUGGCAUCAGAGGAAAGCCGGCGACAGCGGGGCUGGGUGUUCACAGCAGGAGUGGAUGAUGCUGAAUCAGAAUGCGGCCUGGACCACUAUGGAGCAUUCGAUUGGGUCAUUGAGAACCAUGGCAAAGAUCAGAAGCUGGAGCAGCAGUUGGGGAAGCUGCUGGACUUUAUCCACAGUAAACUGCAGCCCUCAGUGUGUGAGGAUCGGGCUGAGGGGAGCUGACUCCCCCCAAGACAGUGAGGGGGAGGAGUGGUGCACUGAGGCUGCUAUUGUUCUCUCUGCUAAGCUGUCCUCCUCUGGGAGAGGCCACAGGGCUGAGGUUGAAUUCCAGUGCUGUGGAUGUUUGCACAUACCACCUGACUUCUGGAUCUGCUUCCCAGAUGCAUACAGUAAUUAAUCCCUGCCUCUUGGGGCUGGGCUAAGACCGAAUGAGUAGAAAGUCAGGAUGAAGUAAACGUGGCCAUGAAGAACACAGAAAUAUUAUUAGUGGUCUACAGAUGGCUCCUUGGGGCUCAAAGGGGCACUUGUGCCUCUGGUGCCGUAGACUUUGGGCCCCUUCAUCCAGAGCUCCAGACACCCUAUGGUUUAGACAGGGAUGUCAAUUGCAGUAAUGAUGAUUGGUAUUCAUAAACUUUGGAGAGCUGGGGGCAUGCUCACUGCUGGACUGGCAUCUGAUCUCUCACAUGCCGCUUGGUCUCUUUAGGGUCAGAGUAGGGCUGGGGGUGGGGUGAGGUGGUGGGGAGUGAGACCUUGGAAGAAUCCUGGGGUUGCCCUGUUGUCUGGUUCUCCAGGUCUGCUCUUCUCAAAAUAAAGUUGGAUUUGUGAAUGGAUCUGUUUUGGACGAGA